AUGACUCCUAAAAUCCAACCAUCAGAGAACCAAGAAUCCGUCACAGUUCAAAUCCCAACUUACGACAUGGCCAGACUCAAUGGCGAUUUAGACCUGCUUUGCUCUGAAUUACAGACUAUGAUUCUGGACGAAUUAAGCGUUCCAGACCUAGCAUCAUUGGCAAAAACAAGGACCGAGAAUGACGAGGGAGUGAAGGACUAUAUGCAUAAGCGCCGGGAAGACAUAUUAGGAGCGUUUGUGAAAGAUGUAGGCCAAUUUCUCACCCUCUUAGACCGGACAGGGUUGGUCGUCUCAUGUUCAAGUGCACUCCAUCUCGUGCAAGCUAAGGCGAUGGCGGUCCAUCUACGGGAUAUGGACGUCUAUGCCACAAUAGAAUUCGAAAAUAUCAUGAUGGAUCACUUCAAGACAACAGAGGGUUACAAGGUCAUGAACAAAAGCAGUAGAAAGAAUGAAUAUGACUCAUCGGUGGUGAAUGAAGUGUACAAGCUUGAGAAAGGAGAGAAAAAAGUGGAUAUCAUCUUCACCGACUGGGCAAGUGCCAUUGUUCCCAUCCUACAAUAUCAUUCGACAGCGGUCAUGAACUACAUCAUGGCGCGUUCUCUCGUCUCUCUCUACCCCCAAUGGACUACAGAGAAAAAGAGUUUAGUCAACCCUCGCUUAUACUUUGAAGACUGCACAAACAUACGAUCAGUGAGGGCGCUGAUGAAGUAUGUGCGCCGAGGAUUCCAUGUCACGACAGAACCGUUCCAAUUGGGGACUCAUGACUGUCAACAGAGCGCAUAUUGUCCCCACGCAACCAGGAACACGUUGGAUAGAGACACUCUGCGCUGGAUCUUCAGGCCAGUGAACACACUCGGCGACAUUCCAGUGACUUGUGAUGAUAUGGCAGUCAUAAUGUGGUGCCUGGGAGGACAAGAGUGCAAAGAGGAUGGAGAUGAAGUCAGUUCAGCCUUCAUUACUGUAGGAGGAUGA